AUGGCAGCUCUGCCGGAGGCCCUGCAGCCCUUGAACACACCCUCUCCAGUCAUAAACAUCGCAAUUUACGCCGACGAUGUUGCUCUCUGGGCUACUGCCCCAACUAGCUCAUACAGUAACAUGCAGCGAACAGUCCAGCUAGGCCUCGACGCUAUAGUUGGCGUGAUAUCUCGGCUUGGUCUUACGUUAUCGGCGUCUAAAAUAGCUGCUCUUCAAUACCACCCUUCGGCCGGGUCUUCGAUCAACCGAAGUUACACGAUCAAUGGGACAAACGUGACAAGGGCAAGAGCUCGCAACAUGGAACGAAUAUACCAAGACGUCGAGGGCGUGGUUUAUGUAGAUGCCGCGGAAUAUCGAAAUUGCAAGGGCAUGUCCGUCGUAGCGGUGGGCGCGGACGGGGAGCCUCUCGUAAGCGGGACCGUGGCGACGGACAACCCCGAGACAGCGGAGGAGGCGGCCAUCGCACUAGCAGUGGCCUCCGCCAAAGCUAAAAUUAUUAUAAGCGACUCGAAGAUCGACAUCCGAAAUUUCGCAAAGGGGCGCAUCUCGUCAGAGGCGCUCAAAAUUUUAAGAACGUACGGUGACCAUCACCAACAGCGGCAACGCGGGACGAUCCAAAUUAUUUGGUUACCCGCGCACUCCUCGCUCCCAGGCACCGAGGCGGCUCACACGGUAGCUCGAGGUCUUACACGCCGAGCCAGUGAGCCCGCCCAACAGGGAACGCGAGGAGACCGCAUGUUCACCUAUCAAGAAAUUACGAAUCACUAUCGACUGGGACGGGCCCGGUACCCACCGGCUCAACCUGAACUCACUAAGAAGCAGGCGGUGGCCUGGCGCCUCCUCCAAACCAACAUGUACCCGAACCCAGUGGCCUGUAGCCGGUUCUACCCGGGUCAAUUUGAAAAUACGUGUAAAUUCUGUAAGAAGAAGGCGGAUCUGCCACACAUCUUAUGGGCAUGCUCUCGGGCGGCACCGACCAUUCAUGACCGCAAAAUCCAAGACCGCGAGCAUUGGGAGGCCCUACUGCUCAGCUCAGACCCACAAGAUCAUGUCUGGGCCACCCGGCUAGCCGAAGGAGCCGCCGAGGUCCAGGGGAUAUCGGCCAUCUUCUAG